ACUUGAAUUUGCUUUAAAGUGUGUGUGCUCUAUGACCAGCAUGGCGUUGGAGUCAGAAAUCUGGCUUUUGACUUGUUGAAGGGGUAGAGGAUUUGAUGAUUGUGCUUAAAUGAUUAUCUGUAUGGAAUGAGCAUCUCUCUGUGUCUUUGGGUUCUAGUGCUGAGCUUGUAUUCCCACUCUGGACAUGCUGAAGAGACUCCCAAAGCUGUUCUGGUACUGGAUCCUGACCAAACACAGUUCUACAGUGGAGAGACUGUCACUCUCAGAUGCAGCAGAGAGGGGCAGAACCCCUCAGGAUGGUGGUACACCUGGCAAAGAGGUAGUCGGCAGGUUCACCCACAUGACACCUGGACUAAGAGUGAUGCAUAUAAGAUACACCCUCUGGAUGAGUCCCAUAGUGGUACCUACAGCUGCACCGGUAUUGACGGCAGUACCGCGACCACAAGUGAGACUAAAACACUGAACGUAUCUGAACCACCUGACUACACCUGUGCUGGUGUAAAAAAUGGUAAAGAUGUCCAGAUUGAGACUGUAAAACUGCACAUAUCUGCCCUGCCCACAGCUACACUGACUGUAGAGCCACAGAGUCCUGUGUUAACAGGAGAGACAGUCACUCUGAAGUGUGUGAUAGAGUCUCACAGUGGCUGGAAGUAUAAAUGGUAUAAAGGCAGGAACAGUAAUCUCCUUUCUCAGUCUGACACCAGCACAAACACCAUCACAGUGGCUCAGUCUGAUGAGGCUCUGCCUGAAACUACACUGUCUGGUACACAGAUUGGGAUCAGUAUGACUGGUAUAAAGACAAGUCAUGUAUCCGGCAAGAACAGGAAGACCAUCAUCAUCUCUCUUCCUGAUCAUGCUGGCCAGUACACAUGUGAGGGACGUAGAGGAGUUCAGCCAAAGAAGUCUCAGCGCAGUGCCCCCAUCUCUAUCAUUCACACAGCUGAGCCCACAGCUACAGUGUCUGUAGUGUCUCCUCAGGGUACAUACUACCCUGGAGAUGAAGUCACUCUGAGGUGUCACAUAGCAGAGUACACAGACUGGUAUCGGUAUAGCUGGUACAGAGGUAGUGACCACAUUCACAAUGGGCAAAGUCAAACCAUCACCAUCUCCCUCCCUGUUCAUGUUGGCCAGUACCAGUACACAUGUGAAGGGGAGAGAGGAUCUAGACCAACUACUUCCCAGCGCAGUGCCCCUCUCUCUAUUACUCUCACAGCUAUGCCAGUCCCUACACUGACAGUGGAGCCUUCACUGAGUUCUGUGUUUGCUGGAGAGACAGUCACUCUGACAUGUGUAAUACAGCCUUCAGGUGGCUGGAGAUAUGAGUGGUAUAAAGGCUGGAGGUCUCUAGUCCCUAAAUCAAACACAUACACCAUCAGCAGAGCCACUGUGUCUGAUCAGGGCGAGUAUAAGUGCUCAGGAGUGAGAAAGACAAACAGGAAAUCAUACAACAGCAAUAUUGUCCAACUUACAGUGAGAGCCCUGCCUUUGGCUACACUGACUGUGGAGCCACAUAGUCCUGUGUUCACUGGAGAGAAAGUCACUCUGAAGUGUGUGAUAGAGUCUCACAGUGGCUGGGUGUAUAAGUGGUAUAAAGACAGGGAUAACAAGAUUGUGUUUGAGGGAGACACAUUUACUGUAAAAGAAGUUACUGAAUCACAUAACGGCAUGUACUGGUGUAAGGGAGAGAGAAAAGAAAGACCCACAUCAUCUCAAAUCAGCGGUAAAACAACUGUUAAAGUUCAAGCAUCAAAGCCCAAACUCACAUUAAGUCCAGGCCACCAGCUCCUCACAGGAGACUCAGUGACUCUGACAUGUGAGUUGGGUGUUUCCUCUGGUUUGGUGUUCUACUGGUACAGAGACACACAGACCUCUGAUCCUGUGGCCCAGACUGAUGUAAACUCCUACAGCAUCAUCUCUGUUAAAGUCUCUGAUGGAGGACAGUACUGGUGCAGAGCUGGGAGAGGAGACCCAGUCUAUCACACACAGUACAGUGAUGCAGUUGAGAUAAAGGUUACAGAAAGACCAAAAGCUACUGUUUCCCUUAAAUCAAUCUGGACAGAGUUCUUCAGUGGAGAAAAGGUCUCUCUCAGAUGUGACAUAAAGAGUGGGGAGAGCAGUGACUGGGGGUACAGCUGGUUUAGGAAUGGAGUCUAUAAGCCUGGAAAGGAACAUGAAAUCAACCCAUCCCAAAGUGGUCACUAUACUUGUAAAGGACAAAGGAAACGUGAUAAAAAAGAAUCAGGAGAAAGUGCUGCUGUUGGUAUUGCAGUUUCUUCAGAGAAAGCCCAGGCAGAUCUGGGUUCCCUUUCACAGAUGUGGCCGACUGAAGGAGACUCAGUGACUCUGAGCUGUGAGGUUAGAGGCUCCACUACAGGCUGGAGAUUCCACUGGUACAAGACUAACCCCUAUAGUCCUGAGUUGGUAUAUGUGUUACAUGAGAGCAGGGAAUAUUCUCUACAGCUGGUCUCAGACAGCAUCAGUGGAGCUGGAGGCUCCUACACUCUCAGCCCAGCUGCUCUUAGACGCACAGGGGUUCAUGUGUGCAGAGGAGAGAGAGGAGAGCCAGCCUAUCACACAGAGUUCAGCCAACAUCAGCCACUCUGGGUCACAGGUGUGUCUCCUCCAGUUUCUGUGAUCAUCCACUCAAACUGGAACCAGAUCUUUACAGACGAGUCUCUCUCACUGAGCUGUGGGGUUCAGGGCAACUCUACUGGAUGGAGACUGAGGUGGUUCACAUACAGAGGAGGGGAAUCAAAGUGUCCCACUGACUGGAUCUUAGAAACAACCUGCAGCACCAGCUCAGCAUCAUCAUCAGACAGUGGGGUUUACUGGUGUCAGUCUGAGUCUGGAGAGCAGAGUAAUCCUGUCAACAUCACAGUGCACAAUGGUAAUGUGAUCCUGGAGAGUCCUGCCCAUCCUGUGACUGAGGGAGAUCCUCUGACCCUGCACUGUAGAUAUCGCUAUAAGCCAUCAAACAUCAGUGCUGACUUCUAUAAAGAUGGGACACUCCUCCAGACCUCCACCACAGGGGAGAUGACCAUCCCUGCAGUCUCAGAGUCACAUGAAGGAGUCUAUAUGUGCAGGAACCCAGAGAAAGGAGAGUCACCAGAGACCUGGGUCACUGUCAGAGAGACCCAUUCUACACAUGUGGAUUCUGGUUCCUUCAUCAUUUUAGUAGUCGGAGUGGUGAUGGGAAUCUCCUUGGUCUUGGUGGGAGCUUUUUCAGUCUUCCGGCUGCAUCAAACAAAAUAUCUCUCAGGUCUUUGUUUGACCACUACAGCAACAGACCAGCAGCAGCAGCAGCAGCAGCAGCAGAUGAGCACCAAUCAGAGUUCAGACCAGGACCAGUCUGAGUCAGAGUAUAUGCCUCUGCAGAACAGUAAGAUUGACUCUUUUGGGCGAUGUGGACACAUCUGCCGUGUUACUAACGAAAGAAUAUCGUAG